ACAAAGCAGAGUGGUUUUAGUGUGUCUCAGGAUUAUGAGGAAAGGAUUUGGAAAUGUCUGUUAUCCUGGAAAGACUGUAAAUAGCUCUAAAUUAUUUCAAGUGCCAUAAUACAUAUUUUAGGUUAAACAACUGUGUUUAUAAGAUUUUUUGCUGCAGCUAUUAUUUAAGUUCAGUGUGUUAGUAAAUGUAACAUUGUUCUCUAUGACUGUAAUAUACAGUACAUACUAGGUCCUGUUAAGCUAUUUGUAUGUUCAUUGACUGAGAAGAGUUAUUUACGAGAUUUAUGAGUGUUUUAAUGGAUGCCAAUCCAAACUACUGAGAGGCCUGAAGUUUUGUUUUAAAAUGGAACACUUGAUUGUUUGAAGACUUCCCUUUUCAAAUGCAUUCUUGGUCCAGGUCUAGUCCCAUGUGACAUUAUUGAUGUUUCCGUGUUCCCUUUUUUUCGAAACCACAUUCUUGUGUUGUCCUUGACUUUCAGUUCAGUUAUUUAGAACAUUUCCAUCAUGUGACGAAAUCGUUUCAGUUUUUUUUUUUUUUUUUUUGUCGUUGGUCCAUCUACACACGGCCCACUUGAAUUAAUGCUAGUGUUGAUGAUUUAUAAGGAAGGGAUGAUUCAUAAGGAGCAAACUUCAUUGGGGUUAACCUGAAUGGGUUUUGAGGUUUUUCUUCAUGCCUCCAAAUAAAAGGCAGCUAGAGAAACUAAAUCGUUGUCUUACGAUUUUUUGUUUUGUUUUCUAACAUUUAUACAUUUAAUAAGGGCUGAAAUCAAAAUUAUAUUGAUUUCAUAAAACUGGCCCUGUACAUGGCUCCCAUUUCUUACAGUGGCAGUGGAAUAUAUCCUGGGAAAUUUGUCUAUUUUAAAGCAUCUAAUGCAAAGGUAGAUUAAACAAAUUUUGAUACCAAAUAAGGUUAUGUGCUUAAAGUCUUUCUUUAAAGAUUAACUUAACCUUCACUUUAUUUAACUACAAUGAUUAACAGUUGGUAAACAAAACUAGACACCCCGGAAAAAAUGUUCGUUUGGAGCUACGUGGUCCAUUAAUAUCAUUAAAUUAAAUAUUAUUUAAGUAUUUGAAAGAAAAAAAAUACUACAAAACGAAUGACGCGCCUUGACCACCAAUCACAGAACGCUAGGGCGUGUCGUGAGAUCCCUUGUUCCGUGUGGAAAGUUUAACCGGCUCGGGUGCAAAGUUUCAACCCGUCUGCAAACCGAUGGGCUUUAGAAUAUGCUCCCAAGACGUUGUGAAUUGCAGGUUAUAAAAGCGUCGUCGCUUAAUUUCUCUACUAAGAUAAAUCAUAAUUGAGCUGAAGAGAAUGACGAUACAUUCGUUUUAAUUUUAAAGACGCUGUUUAGAACAGCAUAUCGCUAGCAGACUGGAAGGCAGUUGUCCUGUUCGCUAACGUUAGGUUUUGAUUCGCUCUCAUUGUUGUGUGGCGACGUAUCGUUAGCUAGCACAGGCUAGCUAGCUAAUUAGCUAGCGGAGGAUUUAAGAGUUCCGCAGCGACAAAAUGGCUUGUGAACCCAACCGUGUUCGGUUGCUAUGCAUGCUGUCACUGACAUUUGGGUUUUUUAUUGUGGAGGUUGUGGUCAGCCGGAUGACCGCAUCCCUGGCGAUGCUCUCGGACUCAUUUCACAUGCUAUCGGAUGUCAUAGCGCUUGUGGUGGCUUUGGUCGCUGUCCGCUUUGCGGAGAAGACACAAGCCACAAACAAAAACACUUUCGGAUGGAUCCGUGCGGAGGUGAUGGGAGCCCUUGUCAAUGCAGUGUUUCUCACAGCACUGUGUUUUACCAUCAUCCUGGAGGCCGUUGAGCGUUUCACCGAGCCACACGAGAUCGAUAGACCCCAUGUUGUCAUUGGUGUCGGGGCGGCGGGGCUUCUGGUUAACCUGCUAGGGCUGUGUCUCUUCGGACACGUCGGAGGGGGACAUGGCCAUUCCCACGGAGGCCACUCUCACGGAAGCAAGAAGAAUAAAAGGGCGAAAUUGUGCAAGUCGGAACGGCCGUCCGGCAGUGGCUGUUCUGGCGAGGAGACCAACAACUUGGUUGGAAAUCACAACACCAGUCCGAACGGCGUAAAUGCCGACAGACAUGAGACCUCACGGAAGGACAGCAGGGAGCUGCAGCUGAACGGCAGCACGCCGUACGAGGAGCUGGAGUCGGCCAUGGCGGAGGUGGAUGACUCGUCAGCGGCGCAGCUCAACAUGCGCGGCGUCUUCCUGCACGUGCUUGGCGACGCGCUGGGCUCGGUCAUCGUGGUAAUCAACGCGCUCAUCUUCACCUUCGUGUGGCAGCCGUGCGAGCCGGGCACGCCCUGCAUCAACCCGUGCACGCAUGGCCACUGCUCGGACCACCUGCACCUCAACCACACGCUGGUGGGCAUCGACGACGGCCUGGACGCCAACGGCAGCCUGCAGAUGGGCGGCGGCGGGGCGGUGGUGACCCGCGCCGGACCGUGCUGGGUGCUCUACCUGGACCCGGUGCUGUGCGUGACCAUGGUGACCAUCCUGCUCUACACCACGUACCCGCUGCUGAAGGAGUCGGCGCUCAUCCUGCUCCAGACGGUGCCCAAGCAGAUCGACGUGAGCCAGCUGAGCGAGCGCCUACGGGCGCUGGACGGCGUGCUGGCCGUGCACGAACUGCACAUCUGGCAGCUGGCGGGCAGCCGCAUCAUCGCCACCGCGCACAUCAAGUGCCAGGACCCGACCGCCUACAUGGACGUGGCCAAGCGCAUCAAGGCCUGCUUCCACGACGCCGGGAUCCACGCCACUACCGUGCAGCCCGAGUUCGUCACCAUGGACUCGGCGUCGCGCGCGUCACUCUGCGAGCUCUCGUGCCGCACGCAGUGCGCGCCCAAGCUCUGCUGCGGUGCCGCCGAGGAGAACAACGGCAAGAGGCCGGCAGACGGCGGGAACAGCAAGGCGCUCGCCGAGGCCACGGCCACGCUGGAGGUCAUCAGCGAGUCGCUGGAGAGCGCGGCCGCCGGGAGCACGGGGCAGAUCCAGAUUUCGCCACGGUCCGAGACUGACCCAGCCGCCGCUGCCGCUGCCGCUGUGGUCGUUGCGAGAGAGGUGGAAUCUUCCCUGUGAAGAUGCUAAGACAGCAAGAAAGAAAGAGAAAGAGAGAGAGAGAGAGAAAGAGAGAGAGAGAGAGAGAGAGAGAAAGAAAGAUGGAAGAACGGGAAAAGAUGAUGCCUUUGUUAACUUGAUGGAGGAACAGGCUCAGUCAGUGCGGAGAUUCUUGAAGUCACUCGAUGACGUUUCUCUACGUUUCACCAAAAAAACCACUGGAAGGCUGCGAAACGUGUCUGAUAUCACUCACUAGAGAGAGAGGGACCUCUUUAGGGAGACCUGAACACACACACACAAAAAAACACAUGCUCACUCGCACUUGCUCGCACAUCUCUCUAGAUAUGCUUUUUUUCUGCCAACGUUUAUUUCUGAUGAUGAGCUUGAGCUGUGUGUGUGUGUGUGUGUGUGUGUGUGUGUGUCUGUGUGUGUCUGUGUGUGUGUGUGUGUGUGUGUGUGUUUUGUGUGCCGUGCCUCUGCAUGCAUGUGUUUUUCCGUGUGCACUGCGUUGUGAUGUGAUGUGAUGAUGACGUCAGGUUGGUGUUUAACGUGUGCCAAAGCUUCUUCUCGUGCAAAGCGGGGGUGGGGGGGGUAAAGAUCCUUCAUCUUUUUACGAGCCCCCGCCCAAAACAAAACUCAUGCAACUGACUAAAGCACAGCUAUGCCCACUCCACUUUUCCAGAACUCAGAACUUUCUUUUCUAAAAGUAUUUUCCCCUUCAGAAUAUGCUUGACGCUAUCAAGCCCCCCAUCCCUCCCUUAUCUCAAGAUUGUUUUAAGACACAAACAAGCUAUAUUAAUAAUUUAUGUAUUUAAGUUAUUAGUAACAAUCUCUUACUCUUUCUGUAGGCUUUUAUAUGAAUUUAGUUAGCAAUAUUUUUUGAGCCAUGAAAUUGGAAAAAAAAAAAUGUAUUAGCUUUUUUUCUGUUGACUUUUUCAUACACAAACCAUACAACUAUGCUGUACAGUUUUAUUUUUAGUCAAAGAACUGGACAUUUCAGAAACACUAUCCUGCCUUUCUUUUGUGGAUGGUCUUUUUCACAGGACUUCUGAUUAAAACAAAGAACCAAGGUCAUCAUUAGCUACUUGCCUUCCAUGGACCGCUGCUUUGAUGAAGCACUGGGUAGGCUGUGCUACUGCUAAAACUACUGGACAUUUUUCUUCUCGGCAAACCUCAGCUGUUCUUUCAGAAACAUAAAAAGUGAAUUACUCAGAUGCCUUGCAAGUCUCAUUGUCACUUGUCUCGUCUAUAUGUGUAAAGUAAAGAAAUGUCUAAAGAAAUGUCACAUGUUAAUUUCAUCACUAUGCUGGUCUGGAGCGGGGCACUUGGGAAGCAUUUGAGUGUAGGUGGAACUGUGUUUUUGAAAAUCUACAGGGAUUGGUAGUGCACUGGGUGUUAGGGUGGGAGGUAAAUUGUCCACAUUGCUGGAACAUUGUAACAACCACUUUGCUUGACCAAACUGAGGUGUGUUUUGCGUAAAUCACUAGGCAACAAGGGAUCCCAGGUUCACUAACAAGCAUUGUCUUCGUUGGAGACUGUUUUCCUCUCAGAUAUCAAAACAUAGCAAAGUGGUAAUUAUUUGGUCUCAACUUUCACCCUUGCGAGGGAUUCCAAAUAUCAUUUCAGUUUACUACAUUCAUUUAAUUUCAUGUUCCCACAAUAACAUGUUCUAGUAAUCAGCUGCCCAAGUGUGAUGGACAUCUAUUGGUCACCUACCCCACAGCAUUCAGCCAGUGGCUCCUGUUGUCCAGGCUAGUGAACUCUUUUCAGUGUGAACCAACAGUCUGCUAUCUGGAAGGCUGAUCACUCAUUCACUUCUCUGGUGCAUGAAGCCUCAAAGAGUCUUGAAACCAGCAGCAGUGUGAUCAGGCUCAUUUAAUGGUUUAGUGGUACCCUUCUCAUUUCCUCGUGUGGCUGAGUAGUGUUGUUCAGAUGGUGACCGAUAGAUGCAUUGUGGGUAGACAUUAAGAGUGAAUGUAAACUAUGACGGAAGACCUAAGAUCGAUGCAGAUUGGACCUUUCUCACUUCCCCUGUGUUGGUGAUUGGUUCAUUUUUUGUACUAUUAUUUUGAUGUCCCCUCCUAAAUCAAUGGGAUGGCCCUUAACAAUUUUUACAAAUACUGUCAUCUGAUACGAUAUAUGUAUAUAUAUUAUAUUACAUAUACCAGUCAAUAUGUGUCAUUGUGAAUUAAAGAGGACUGUUUGGUACAGUU